GUCAAGUUAUCUAUGGAGAGGCGAACGGGGAGGGGGAGUGUGUCUGUGAGCCAGGAGUCUAUUUGUGGAUUUCAUAGAGGCAUGCUCGAAUCAAGUCCCAGCUUUGGUAUGGUGUUUAUUAGCCAAGUUAAGUGUAUUGCAAAUUAAUACCCGCAGUGGCAUUUAUGAAUGAGAGGGGGGAAAAAUCAGCUUCCCCCACCGUCUGGCAGAUUCCCAGGCAGAGGUCUUCCCCCUUCCGCCCCCCCUCCCUUUUUUGGUAUGUCAUACUUGUUUGUUUUUGGAGGUUCCCACUUUAGUUCCAGCCCACUGCCUGGGUUGGAAGUCCGAGAGGAAACAAACGCAGGGAGUUCUCCGGGAGGCUGACUUCUACUUCCUCACGGAUGCGGGAGACAGGGUAAGCCCUUCCAGCCUCCCUCCCCGGUCGGGAGGCGUUGCUAACUAAGCCGCCAGCCAAAAGCAGAGGGGACCACCUUGCACUAAUUUGUCCUGAGAUCAUCACCUGUAUAUACUGCAAUGCCAAACCAGAUUCCAGCACCAUUGGGCCCAAUGGGUCUAAAGCUAAAAGUUUUGUGGGGUUUUUAACACUUUUCCUUGGGACCACUUAGAAGCCUCCCAUUUCAAAUGGAUUGCAAUGCUUUUCUAGCCAAGUACCGAGGAAUAUGAGAUUUUCGGAUAUACUGUUCUGUAAUAAAACUGUUAGCAGAAUUUAAGAUCCUGUUUUACCUGCAACACAUGCUGUAGAAGACCCCCACGCUGUUUGCUUUAACAUUAUCAGUAUCAUUAGUGUUACUGAUAAAUUCUCCCUCAAAGUUUCAAAAACUAUAUUCUUGUGCAAUUUUAAUAAAAACACAAAGUAAUUAUGCCAGUCUUUUAUAUGUGCUCUAGAACUUUUCGUCCUUUCUAAUGUGUUAGGGCUGUUCUUCACAAGUUAGCAGUCUUGCUUAAGAAGUCCCUCAGUGCCAACUUUUCUGUGAAUUACUCUGAUAAGUACAAUGAGAAGCUAUUGCAAUGAAAACAUUAUCCAAUAAAGAGAACUGUGGCAGGAAAGAGUUAAGUUUCAUUCAUUCAAAAGUGCCCUUUCAUAAGUCUAAGAGGCUUUGGCUUGUGGGAGUAGGAUCUCUAAGGCUUUGUUGGAGGGUUUGGGGUGCAUGGCUUACUUUUCAGGACUUGUCAGGUGUUAUGCAAAUAAAGAGGAAAAUCUGGGCCCUACUUGGUACUCAAGACAGUCCAUCCAUUAUUACUUAGAAAACGUUUUUUUCCUGCGUUAAAACUUCAUUAUCGUUUCCCUCUUAAUGAAGUGACUGGGGAUGGGGGUGAGUAGGCGCAGUACAGGGUGGGAGGACGUCGUGGGGAGAGAAUGGAGAGGAGUGUUCCUGGCUUCUGUUGUGGAGUCUUUUCUAUUUGACUUCAUGGUUGUAAGUAUUUCCAGAUGGUGAAUCAGACACCAGACGUAACAAUAUUUCCAUAUUUGGGUAUAGCAGUAGCCUGCGUUUUUAACAUUUUUCUGCCUCUGUUAUCCAACCACAAAGCAUUCUUGACAGCUUCAAAUGUUGUUAAAUAUAGACUUAACUUCUGUUCCCAGAGCAGGAAAUUCUUUGGAAUUCCUUGUUUUUCACGCAAUCUGUCUAUCAUGAUUUAAAAUAAAAUUACAAUGGAUGAUCCAACUGGCCAGUGUAUAUACCUUGCUUGCUCCUUUAUUGAGGGGGACGGGAGAUAUGCAAAGAGAUUCAGUCUGCCGCACAGCUUUGAAACACAGGCCAUUCCAGAGAUUCCUUUAAAAAUCAGAUUAAAGUUUUCUAACAAGGGUGUGUGGGUUUGUGUCUGGGCUGCUUCAGCUGGGGAAUCUUGGAGGAUGAGUUUGCCCUGGAGGAGAAACUUAGAGAACCUUACCAUCAGCCACCCAUUUAAAGCUGCGAUAAACGACGGCAUCGGACCAGAGGAACAGCAGCUCCUCACGUCCGGCUUCAGGACGGUCCAGAAACCCCAGACGUCCCGUCGCCUUCUCGCCUUCUUCGCUCAGGGCUGCAGAUCAGUUCACGUUGACAGAUUAGAGGAAAAUGUGCAAAUGUUUAUGGGUGCUCUCGCCCGCACACCCAGGCUCACAACUUACACCUGUUACAGCCACUUGAAUGAACAGAACAAUUUGUGGUGACGACGAAAGGCCGGCUUUAAGGUGGCGCCGCCGGGCCAUCCCUUCCACCCCGCCGCGUUCCCCCACCCCCACCCUGGAGAGUGAUGGCAGGGAGCGCCACAGGUAAUCCGGCUGACCGCGGGAACUGGACGGCUGGCGCGCGGGGAGGGCCUCGGCUGCCCCGGGGGACCGCUGCGGAGACCGGGUGCAGGGUCCACGCGGCUGGGGGACCCGGGCUGGGGCGGUCCGCGCACCAGGCCGCUCGAUGCCCACCGCCCCCUGCCGGCUGCCCGGCCCGCGCGCCCUGAGUCGCCGCGGAGGGCAGGACUCGAGGUUUCCGGCGCGCGCCGCCGCAGGACGUUUCCAGCCCCGGCCCAUAUUUGGUGAAAGUCUUUCAGGACUCCGUCAUCCAGCUCCGGGGGGCGGCGGCGGCGGCACUGGGAGCGGGUCCGGCGACGGCGCGGCCGCCGCGCUGCUGCUGAGUGCCUGGGCCUCCGGCCGCCGGGCCUCAGGCGCGGCGGGCGCGGGAUCGAGCGCGCGCGGGAGACCGACGCGGCCCAGGCCCAGCCCCAGCCCGCAACCCGGCGAGGGCCGAGGCCCAGCCCGCGCUGCGUGGGAGGCUGGCGCAGAGGGCGCCGCGGCCGGAUUAUGUCACUUUUCCCGUCCACCCCACUGUUGACUCUUCCUCCCAGCGGGGCAGCGAGUUGCUGCGUUGUGCCAGAUUUAGAGGGUACGCCCAGGCGCGGGGGUGUGGGCGUGUGUGUCAGAGGGUGGCGUUUGCUCAGGCUUCGAGCCCACCCGAGAGCAGAGACGUGGAAUCGACUCUGGAGAGAAGUCCCAAAGGCCUGGGUCCUAUUAUCUCUAGAAAGGAGAGUAGCUAGAGCUCGCCUCUCGGUUUCUUUGGGUCUUCCACAGCCCCUUCCUCUCUUCCUCGUCAG